AUGGUUCUUAUUCAUCCGAGUAUCAUCAGCAGCGUCGCGACGCGGCUGGGGAGAAAAUGGGAAGACGAGGAGGGGAGGACGAUGUACGAGAAGGGAGAAGACUGCCUUGGCUCCCUGCGCGAUCUUCAGCGGCUGAUGCGGCGGGACCACCCCGUGUCGCGAGACGUGCUCGUGCAGCUGGGUCGGUGGGACAUUGUUCGCACGGACCUCGUUCCCAUCAUCUGCCGAUACCGCCGCGACUCCGCGCUGCUCCUUAACGCCGUGAAGCUGCUGGUGUUCCUCACCAUGCCGUCGCCUCCCCCGCCGCCUGAUCUCAACGCGACAGGGCGACAGCAGAGUGGGCGUGGCAGCAGCGACGACUGGCGGCUGGUACAGAUGAUAGUCACUCUGGUUCGGAACCUCCUUGCCAUCCCCGACCCUCCGCCGGACGUAUCCUCAGCCUCGGCAUGGGCGCAUCUGUGCUUCCUUCAGGACGAUCUCAUUCGCUCUCUCUUUCGCAGCGGCUUCCCAGACAUCCUUCCCUUCCUCAUCUCCUGCCUCGACGCCCCCAAAACCGCCCCAUCAUUCUGCCCCCUUCCCCCACCCACACCCCUUCUUUACCCACAGGACGAUCUCAUUCGCUCUCUCUUCCGCAGUGGCUUCCCAGACAUUCUCCUCUUCCUCGACGAUCUUAUUCGCUCUCUCUUCCGCAGCGGCUUCCCAGACAUCCUUCUUUUCCUCAUCUCCUGCCUCGACGCCCCCGAAACCGCCCCAGCUCUUCGCCACGACAACCUCUUGUUCCUAGAGAUUCUUAAUCUCCUAUUUCGCGAAUUUCCUCCUAAGGACGCGGCUGUAGCGGCGUUCAGGGCUGUCGGGGAGGCUGAUGCCGAGGCUGACGCGAGGGAGGACCGAGAGGCUGCCGAACGUCUGGCGGAGGCUCGGCGGCGGGAGAAGGAGCGGGCGGCUCGGAAGGCGCUGGCCCAGAAGAUCACGCAGCGGCACUCCCGGUUCGGCGGGCUCUAUGUGGUUCGGAAUGCGGACAAGUCAAGAACAGUCUCUAGCACUCCCUUCUCCCCGCCUGUCCACCAUGCCAUCUUCAGCCAAGUCAGGCGGGGACCUGUGCGGAGAGUGAUGGGGGGGACGGGCAUGGGAGGAAUGGGCAUGGGCAUGGGCAUGGGCAUGGGCGUAGGGGGAAUAGGAAUGGGCGGAACAUGCAUCGGAAUGGGGUUGGAUGCUGGUUUGAACGGCGAUGGGGGUGGUGGCAACGGUGGUGAUGCGAGGAAACCGGAUGCCGACGUGGAUGCUGCCCUGGGAUUGGUCGGUGGAGUGCGGGCCAAUAGGAGGAGCUCCAGGUGGACGGCGAGGCGCCUCGGGGUGUUUGCCGAUCGGUUGCUGGCUUCGGGAUGUUACAAUGUUCUCAUGGAGACGGUUCGUCGGGACGUGGCGGCCUGGCGGGCAGGGCUAGAGCCCUCGGACACUCUCGCAUUCUUCCUCGUGGCUUCCUUCUUCACUGCGUUUCAACGGGAGAUGCAUGGCCUGCGGGGCUGGGGGGGGGUGGCCGGGGGAAAGGAGGGGGUUGCCGGGGGGAAGGCAGGGGGAGCAGGAGAGGAAGCAGGAGCAAAGGAGGCGGAAGCAGGGGGACAAGGAGGAGGAGGAGGAGAAGGAGGAGGAGGAGGAGGAGGAGGAGGAGGAGGAGGAGGAGGAGGAGGAGGAGGAGGAGGAGGAGGAGGAGGAGGAGGAGGAGGAGGAGGAGGAGGAGGAGGAGGAGGAGGAAAGGAAAAACAGGAAGAAGGGGAAAGAGCAGGAACAGAGGAAGCUUCUGGGAAGGUGGAGCAGCGAGGAGUGUGUGGUUGUGGGCCAAUAGCGGCCACGAUGGAUGAUGACAUGUUCACUCUUGUUUCUGCCCGCUGGGCAGAGUAUGCUGCCCGGGCCAAUCACGAGCGGGCAGCGCUGGUUGCGGCGGGCAGCCUGCUGAAAGAAAUGAUUCACAUGCUCGAUGCCAUAAUCAAAUCUGGAGAGAAGCCCAACCCUACAACAACAGGCUCGGCCGAACCUCUCCACGAGGUUUGGCCAGAGGUCCGGAGGGAGGUUCGGCGGGAGGUCCGGCUGGCACGGGCCGUGCUGCUACGGCUGUUCUACGACGAUUCGAGCGAUGGUGUGGUGCAUGUGCUGCAGCGGGUGCUGAAGGGGUUUAACCCCCACACGCAGCCGCGCCGCUUGCUGGUUGAUGCAGUGGAAACCACCCACGUGUGCCUGAGACUGCUGGAAGACUUGGUCCGAACAGAAGGGGCACUCAAGGUGGUGAGAAAGAGUCGACAGCGGAAGGACAAGGCAGGGAAGGCAAAGGGGAAGGGGAAGAAUGCAGACGUGGGAGCGGAGCGGGGUCAGGAGGGAGAGCAGGGAGGAGAGCAGCGGGGGCAGGAGGGGGGAACAGAACAGUGGGAAGGUAACGGUGGCAGUUCUGCUGAUGCUGCUGCUGCUGCUGGUGGUGGUACUGGUACUGCUGCUGCUGCUGGCGCUGCUGCUGCUGCUGCUGCUGCUGCUGCUGCUGCUGCUGCUGCUGCUGCUGCUGCUGCUGCUGCUGCUGAUCCUGGUGCUGAAGAUGCUGAAGAUGAAGAGGCAGCAGCAGACGGAGAAGGCCUGGAAGAUUCCGAUCCAGGCUCGGACCUAGCCUCGGAUGCAGGCUCGGACAUAGGCUCGGAUGCCGAGCCUGGGGACGGCAUAGAGGAGGCGGAGGAGGAGGGUCGGCGGGGGAGGGAGGAGGUUCGGGAGUAUGAACUGGACGUGAAGCGCACUAUAAGGGGGUUUGCUGACGUGCACGCGGUUAAGAACUGUGUUUGGCUGCUGGAAACGGCCAAUAGCAACGCGCCACGUGUCAACCACUAUGUGCUGUCGCUGCUCAGGAGGUUCACUGUGGGGUGCGAUGCUGAGGCCAUGCUGUUCCAGGUGGGUCUCAGGUGUAUUUCAGGUGUAUUCCAGGUGUCAACCCUGCACACCUUCUACAAGCUCCUAACCAACCCCGACCUCCGCUCCUCCCCUCUGCACGCACCCCUGUUUCUAGGUCUCAACCCUACACACCUUUUACAAGCUCCUAACAAACCCCGACCUCCGCUCCUCCCCUCUGCGCGCACCCCUGUCUCAACCCUACACACCUUUUACAAGCUUCUCACCAACCCAGACCUCCGCUCCUCCCCCCUGCACGCGCCCCUCCUCUCGUUCCUCUCCUCUACUGUCCGCCACCUCUCCGCCCUCCUCCCCCUCCGCCCCUCCCUCUUUUUCCCUUUCCUUCCCCCUUCAUGCUCCCCUGUUGUAUCAACCCUACACACAUUCUACAAGCUCCUAACCAACCCAGACCUGCGCUCCUCCCCUCUGCACGCGCCCCUCCUGACCUUCCUCUCCUCCACCGUCCGCCACCUCUCUGCCCUCCUCCCCCUGCGCCCCUCCCUCUUCCUCCGCCUCCUCUUCCACAAAUCGCGGAAAGAAAGCAUGGUUCUCGCUGCUGACGUGGCACUGGGGGAGCUUAGCACCACCUUUUCCCAUCUUCCUCUCCGUGUCCCUGCCCUCCCCAUCUUCCUCUCCGUGUCCCUGCCCUCCCCAUCUUCCUCUCCGUGUCCCUGCCCUCCCCAUCUUCCUCUCCGUGUCCCUGCCCUCCCCAUCUUCCUCUCCGUUCACUCUAAUAGUGGCAAGGGCAGGGACACGGCGCGAGCGACUUUAGAGUCAACCUCCUCUUUCUCUCCACCUUGCUUUCCACCUCUCGAAACCACUUGCUUUUCCACCUCCCCGUUCACUCUAAUGCUUGGCAGCAAGGGAAGGGGCAGGGCACGAGCGUUUUCAGAAGACCAGGAGAGGAGGAUACGAGAGCUUUUCGAGAGCCACAAGUCAAGGCGAGAUAUGCCAUCACUGAUAGCAAAGGCUCUCAUCGCCCAUGACCCCAGCCUUCUUCAUUCCACCCGCCGUAAAAAACCAGGGAAGGAAGGGGAACCUAGGGAAGGCGGGGAAGAGAGAGAAGAGGGGGAAGAGGGGGAAGAGGGGGAAGUGGAGGAAGGGGAGGACGUUGGAGAGGAGGGGGCAGCUGGGGAGAAAAGGGGUGCUCCUCAAAGCGACCCUACAGCUGCUGUUGAUGCGGACUCGAUAAAAGCUGACUCGAUAAGAGCACUUGCGGGGAAAGUCAGCCGGUUUUUGCGGUCGCAGGGGCUGAAGAGGAGCAAGGCGGAAACGACAGUGGGGGGAGGGGAAUUAAGGGGUGGUGAUGGUGAUGAUGGUGAUGGUGCUGGUGGCGAUGGUGGUGGCGAUGGUGGUGGCGAGGGUGGUGGUAUGGCAGGGGGCAGGAAAGGCAAGGCUGGGAAAGGAAAGCUUGGGGAGAGACGGACUGGCAGAUCACGUGUGAGUGUGGGGAAGAAGGGAAAGAGGAGGCAUCUGGUGUUCGACAGUGAUUCUGAGGACGGGGAUGCUGGGAGAGAGAGGAUUCAGUUUCUUGGGCUGCCCGAGGAGGAUGGAACGGGCAGGAAGAGGAGUGAGAGGAGGAGACGAGGGAGUGGGAGUGGGUUUGAUGAGAUUCUGAGGGGAGUGGGUGAAGGAGAGGAAGGAGAUGAGAGAGAGGAGGGAGAGGAGAGAAAGAAGGAAGACGGAGAGACAGAGGAGGAAGAGGUAGGAGAGAAAGCAGUGGAAGGUGAGGAAGGAGAGGAGGGUCUCGAGGAGGAUGAAAGGGAGGAGGCGGAGAGUAGUGAGGAUGAGGAUCAUGUGCUGCUGAGCAGAAGACAGAGGGUUCUGGCUGGUUUCGCUUCUGCUGCAGCAGCCACAGCUAGAGGAAGGCGAGGUGGAAGGACUGACAAGACCUCUCAAGAGGAGGCAGAGAGUACCGAGGAUGAGGAGAAUGUGCUGCUGAGCAGAAGACAGAGGGCGCUAGCUGCUGCUGCUAAAGUGAGGCGAGGGCAGAGGAGUGACAGGAGGCAGAGGGGAGGAGGAGCAGCAAGAGGAGGAGAGAUGCGAAGGGAGGAGGAGGCCCAGGAAGAGGAAUGGACUACAGGCAGCCAUGCUGCUGGUGGGGAUGGUGCAAUGAAUUUGGAGGGAGACCGAGGGGCAAUCGUUGUUCCAAACAGCACUGCUAUUGCUGCAGUGCCUAUAACAUGGAGUGCUCUUUUCGGAGGUGCUUCUAUUGCAAGUGCUGCUGUGGGAGUGGAGGAGAGGGUGGAGUUGAAGGGUGAAGCCGUGCGGGAGGGCGUUCAAGCAGUGCUUGCUGAUGGGGAAGUGGAGUUGAAAGAGGAAGCCGUGCGGGAGGGCGUUCAAGCAGUGCUUGCUGAUGAUUCCUUUGAUGGAGCAGAGGCGAUCCAAUGGCUGCAAUCGCGCCUGAAAGCAGCCCACGCCAGCUGGACGGACGCGAUCGCUCGAAACAGCUGGCAGCUCCUGCUGAUGGACGGCCCAGAUUGGCCUGGCAGGAAGGGGAAGAAAAAAGGGGGGAAGGGGAAGGAGAAGGGGAAGAAGGGGAAGAGGAGGAGAGGGCAGGAGGAGGAGGACGAAGAGGAGGAAGGGGAGGGAGGAGAGGAGGAGGGGGAUGGGGGGUGGGGGGAAGUUGUGCAUGUAGACUUUCCGUUGGUGGAGGAACUGGAAGAUUGGGACACAGUGGCGAAUGACAGCAUGGCGCAGCUACUCUCAGGUGUGCUCUCAGUUGCUUUUUGUCUGUUGCUCUCAGGUGUGCUCUCAGGUGCUUUUUGUCUGUUGCUCUCAGGUGUGCUCUCAGGUGCUUUUUGUCUGUUGCUCUCAGUGGCUGCUGCAUGCUGUGAGCAUGCUUGCAUCACUCACUCGCCUUCCCUCUCUCUCCCUCGACUUCCCUUCCACGCCUUCCAAACAGCGCUGUGUUUGAAGCACCCUGACGAGGCUGAUGGCUGCUGGAGGGUCCCUGGGGACCGGGGCACCCAGUGGCUGCUGCACGCUGUGAGCAUGCUCGCACGCAUGGUGGAGGGUGGAAGCUCAUGCAUGGAUGGUGGGGGGGGGAUGCAGAUAGUUGUUGUGGAGGAGAGAGGGGGAAGAGGGGAGGGGAGAAAGGAAGGGGAGGGGAGUGAGGGAAGGGAGGAUAGAGAGGGAGAAGGGGUGAGAAAAGGAGGGGAGGAGAGAGGAGGAGACGAAGGAGUGGGGGAAGAGGAGGAUAGAGAGGGAGGAGGGAAAGAUAGAGAGGGAAGAGAGGAAGGAGAGGGAGGACGGGAGGAUCUAGAGGGAGAAGGGGGAGUUAUUAGGGCGUGUUUAGGUCCCAGGCACAAAAAGCGGAGAGCGGAAGGAGAGACAGGCGAGGUGCAACAGCCAGGGUUGAACAGCCAUGGGGGUAGUGAGGGAGAGGGGGAUGAGUGUGGAGGAGGGGGAGCAGAGAGAGAGAGCGACGAGUCUGGAGGGGAGAAAGAGAGACAGCAGGGGAGGAUGGGGGAUGAUGAAUUCAGUGGGUAUGAGGGGGAAGGGAUUUUCUUGACAGCUCGAGUGAAAGAUACAGGAGAGGGUGUGAGGGGGAGGGUCGAACAGAGCAUGCCCUUGGAGGAGAGGGGCUGUGAGGAAAGUGGUAAGAGGGAUGAUCAGGUUGGAGGUGGAGAGCUGGCAGAAUGCGAGAGAAGAGAUGAUCAAGCGGGGGAAAGAGUUGAAGACGAUGUGAGUAGAGAGACGCAUGCUAUCUCCAUGGAGAGAAUUGAAGGUGUUUCCAGUGGAGGAGAGGUGCUACCACCCUUAAUGCCUGCAGUGCUCGGUGCACGAUCCAAACGACCUGCUUCUUUCACUGGUGGAGUCUCGGACCGAGCCAAGAGGCUGAGGCUUGAUGGUUCGGAUGCGGAGGAGGCUGCGGAGGAUCGCUAA